UAAAGCCAUCAUAAGUUUCAACGUGAUGCAUAAUUCUUGGCUUCUUCCAGAGAGAGAGCUACGUUGUUUUAGGCCAGGAAAUUAAGAGAAUAGCAUUAACAAUCAUAGCAAAGUGGGAAAUGGAUUGGUUUUUAAAGAUUUGCACCAUUGUGAUCUCUUUCCUUAGUUUCAUAAUUUGUCACGGUCAUGCUCUCUCAAUCAGUUUAUACGACGUGGAAUGUGUAUCAGAGCACGUUCUACAUGAUGGUGACACUGUUUCUGGAAAUUUUGUAGUUAUUGAUUAUGAUAUUUUUUGGAGCUCAGACCAUCCUGGAAUUGAUUUCACCGUGACAUCUCCGGGAGGGAAUUUAGUGUACUCUUUGAAGGGAACUUCAGGGGACAAAUUUCAAUUCAAAGCCUCACAUCAAGGAAUAUAUAGAUUUUGCUUUCACAAUCCUGCUUCAACGCCAGAGACAGUAUCUUUCUACAUUCACGUUGGCCACAUCCCAAACGAACAUGACUUAGCUAAAGAUGAACAUUUAGAUCCCGUUAAUGUGAAGAUUGCAGAGUUGAGAGAAGCAUUGGAAUCUAUUAUAUCAGAACAAAAGUACCUGAAGGCACGUGAUAUUAGACACCGACACACUAAUGAAAGUACCAGAAAACGUGUUGUCUUCUACACAAUAUUGGAAUAUGUUUUGUUUGCUGUUACAAGUUUGUUGCAAGUGGUAUACAUUCGACGCCUCUUUAGCAAAUCAUUUGCUUAUAACCGAGUGUAGGCUUCAUAAUAAAUGUUGAUAGAAUUCUUUUAUUUUUAUCUUUUUAAUUCUUCUCACCUACCUUUGUAACUUCUCUAUAAUUAAUAACCUAUUAAUUCUUUAUUUGAA